UUGGCUGCCAUCCCCCGCUCCCUCGUGUUGUCUACUUCCUUCCCCCUCACACCGUGAGAUCGGUUUCCGGAAGCUACUCUCAUUGCAGCCCCGCCCCAGAGGAGGAGAAGAAAGGGAAGAAAAUAAGAAAAAAAAAUCUUUUUUUGACUCCGUUUCUGCGGUUUUUUAUGCUGAGCUUUGGGCGCUCGGGGAAUGAGCGGCGGGAGUGAUCGAUUUGGAGAGAGUUCUUGGCGUGGGGAUUUGAAGUGAGGAGAGGAGAUAAGGGAGGGGUUUGAUCGGGUGAAGUUGGUGAUGGCUACGGGAGGGCGGCUCGUGGCGGGUUCUCGGAAUCGGAACGAGUUUGUGGUCAUCAAUGCUGAUGAUUUUGGGCGGUCCAAGGCUGCCCAAGAUUCCAAUGGGCAGAUCUGCCAGAUAUGCGGAGAUGAUAUUGAGAUAUUAGAGGAAGAAAAAGAGCUCUUUGUUGCCUGCAACGAGUGCGCCUUCCCUGUUUGCAGGACUUGCUAUGAGUAUGAGAGAAGGGAGGGCAGUCAGGCCUGUCCCCAGUGCAAGACCAGAUACAAGCGUCAUAAAGGUAGUGCCAGAGUAGAGGGUGAUGAGGAAGAAGAUGGUGAUGAUGAUAUUGAGAAAGAAUUCAAUUUUGGUAAUUUUGAUGCCAAGGAGACUCUGAGUGUAUCUGGGUCGAAGCAUCACAGCCAGCCUAGCAUUGGACAGAGCUCCUUCACUGGAUCAGUGACUGGCACCUCCCAUGUCCACAAUCCUAGUUUCUAUACUAAUAUCGAUGUCCCACUUCUGACUUAUGGUGAAGAGGUUGAUGGGAUUUCUUCUGAUCACCAUGCUCUUGUUAUUCCUCCAUAUGUUACACAAAUUCAUUCAAGGCCUGUUGCAGGAUCUUCUGUCUCUACACAAUCUAGGCCUAUAAACCCUAAUAAAGACAUAGCGGUGUAUGGCUAUGGAACUGUUGCGUGGAAGGAUAGAGUUGAUGACUGGAAGAGAAAGCAGCUUAUUAAACUGCAGAGGCCUCAGCUUGAAGGUGGGGAUGGUGGGGGCCUUGAUGGAGAUGGGCCAGAUAACCCUGAUUUGCCAAUGUCGGAUGAAAGCAGACAGCCAUUGUCAAGGAAGCUACCCAUUGCUUCGAGUAAGAUAAACCCAUACAGGAUCAUAAUUUUGCUGAGGCUUGUCAUACUUGGCUUCUUUUUCCAUUAUAGACUUCGCCACCCAGUUCCAGACGCUUAUGGAUUGUGGCUAACAUCAGUUAUAUGUGAAAUAUGGUUUGGAAUUUCAUGGAUUUUGGAUCAAUUCCCGAAAUGGUACCCUAUAGAACGAGAGACAUAUCUGGAUCGUCUAUCAUUGAGGUAUGAUAAAGAUGGAAAGCCAUCUGAGUUAGCAGAUAUUGAUAUUUUUGUAAGCACAGUUGAUCCCAUGAAAGAACCUCCACUUAUCACUGCAAAUACGGUUUUAUCCAUUCUAGCUGUGGAUUAUCCUGUUGAUAAAGUUUCAUGUUACGUCUCGGAUGAUGGUGCUGCCAUGCUUACCUUUGAAGCGCUUUCUGAAACUUCUGAAUUUGCCAAGAAAUGGGUCCCAUUCUGCAAAAAGUUCAAUAUUGAGCCUCGUGCUCCUGAAUGGUAUUUUGCUCAAACAAUUGACUAUCUGAAAGAUAAAGUUCAUCCAGAUUUUGUGAGGGAACGGCGUGCAAUGAAGAGAGAAUAUGAGGAAUUUAAGAUUCGUAUCAAUGCAUUAGUGGCCAUGUCACAGAAGGUUCCUGAAGAAGGCUGGACAAUGCAGGAUGGAACUCCAUGGCCUGGAAACAACAUUCGGGACCAUCCAGGAAUGAUUCAGGUCUUUCUGGGUCAUAAUGGUGUGCUUGAUGAGGCGGGAAAUGAGCUCCCGCAUUUGGUCUACGUUUCUCGUGAGAAAAGGCCAGGAUAUAAUCACCACAAAAAAGCUGGUGCCAUGAAUGCUUUGGUGCGAGUGUCAGCUGUUCUCUCAAAUGCUCCUUACAUUUUGAAUGUUGACUGUGACCAUUACAUAAACAAUAGCAAGGCCCUACGAGAAGCCAUGUGUUUUAUGAUGGAUCCCAUAUCGGGAAAGAAAGUUUGCUAUGUUCAAUUUCCUCAGAGAUUUGAUGGAAUUGAUCGACAUGACAGAUAUUCAAAUCGAAAUGUUGUGUUUUUUGAUAUCAACAUGAAAGGCCUUGAUGGGAUCCAGGGACCAAUAUAUGUUGGGACAGGAUGUGUUUUCAGAAGGCAAGCUCUAUAUGGAUUUGAUGCUCCUGUUAAGGAGAAGUCCCCAGGGAAAACCUGCAAUUGUUGGCCAAAAUGGUGCUGUUGUUGCUGUGGAUCUAAAAGAAAGAACAGGAAAGGGAAACAGAAGCAAGAGAAGAAGAAGAAGAAAAAGACAAAGCACAGAGAGGCAUCUACUCAAGUACAUGCACUUGAGACUAUUGAAGAGGAGGCAAAAGGACAAGAAAGUGAGAACUCAGCCUUGGUGCCCCGGGAAAAGCUUGAGAAAAGAUUUGGGCAAUCAUCUGUGUUUGUAGCUUCGACACUUCAAGAAAAUGGUGGAAUUGCAGACGGUGUGAGUUUUGCUUCGUGUCUAAGUGAGGCUAUGCAUGUAAUUAGUUGUGGUUAUGAAGAUAAAACUGAGUGGGGAAAGGAGGUUGGCUGGAUAUAUGGAUCUGUUACGGAGGAUAUUCUGACAGGUUUCAAGAUGCAUUGCCAUGGCUGGCGGUCUGUUUACUGCAUACCUAAAAGACCAGCAUUUAAGGGGUCUGCUCCAAUUAACCUCUCUGACCGUCUUAAUCAAGUCUUGCGGUGGGCCCUUGGAUCUGUUGAGAUUUUUCUGAGCAAGCACUGCCCCAUAUGGUAUGGCUAUAGAGGUGGCUUGAAGUGGUUGGAGCGGUUUUCCUACAUAAACUCAGUCGUAUAUCCUUGGACAUCAAUUCCCCUGGUUGCAUACUGUACUUUGCCAGCAAUCUGUCUUCUCACCGGGAAGUUUAUUGUGCCUGAGAUCAGCACCUAUGCAAGUUUAAUAUUCAUAGCUCUCUUUGUCUCCAUUGCUGCAACCGGUAUUCUUGAGAUGCAAUGGGGAGGGGUGAGUGUUGAUGACUGGUGGAGGAAUGAGCAAUUCUGGGUGAUUGGUGGUGUCUCAUCGCACCUCUUCGCCCUCUUCCAGGGUCUCCUAAAGGUUCUAGCUGGAGUCGACACCGACUUCACCGUCACAUCCAAAGGAGGAGAUGAUGAAGAAUUUGCAGAGCUUUAUCUCUUCAAGUGGACCUCCCUAUUAAUCCCUCCGUUGACGCUGCUUAUACUAAAUAUUAUUGGUGUUGUGGCUGGGGUCUCCAAUGCCAUCACCAGUGGGUAUGAGUCAUGGGGUCCGCUGUUCGGCAGACUCUUUUUUGCAUUCUGGGUCAUUAUGCAUCUCUAUCCAUUCCUGAAAGGAAUGAUGGGGAAACAGGAUAGAGUGCCCACCAUCGUCAUUGUUUGGUCUAUACUUCUUGCUUCAAUAUGUUCACUUCUAUGGGUUCGAGUGAAUCCAUUCACAAGUAAAUAUGAUGGGCCUGUAUUAGAAGUUUGCGGGCUAAAUUGUGAUUGAAACAUGCAUGGGAGUUUAGAUGUUUUUUGGCAGCAGGGACUUGCAGAUGGGUGUUCUACUUCCAGAGGAAUGAAAAUUCUCUCUUGACUAUUUUUCCAUGAUGACAGUCAAGAGAGAGGAGGAAAGUUGAAGGAAAAGGUAAAAAAGAGAGAGAGAGAGUGGAACAGAAAACAGGGUUGUGGUUGUGUAGAUAAAGGAGAUGGAAGCUGACACAUUGUUAUUUUGUUAUUUAUAAUGUUUUAUUGAUUCAUUCUUGAUAUUGGACACCUUCUUCUGGUUGUUUAAGGGGAUGAUAUGCUUAGAUGUGUGGUAUUUUACUUUUAAGAUGAUAUAAUCGAUCUGAAUCUAUAUUUAUUCCUUGAUCUG